UUUUCUUAAUAAUAUUGCUCUCGUCGAAACCUAAGAUCGGUUCUAAUAGAAACCCUAGGUUAUCUCUAUUCUUCAUCGAUGAAAUCACGAAGAAUGAAAAAAGAAUACAUUCUAAGCUCGGAAAUGCAGAAGAUUCUAGGGUCUCCAUCAAGAAAUGUGACGAAAUCGAGACCAACUUUUUAUUGAUCGUUUUUUCAAGUAUAAAGGUAUAUCUGACAAAUCCGACUAAUUGGAUAUUGAAAUUCAGAAUAAAUAGCACUGAGUGUAUUGCAGAAAGUCGUCAGUCAUCAGCCGUAAAAUCUAUCUACAUCUACAGAGAAACAAUGAACAUCGUUAUUAAUACUCUACUUAUUACCACAUUCCUCUUUUUUCUUAUUAAUAUUCAAUUAAAUGCAAGUAGGCCUGCAGAUACUUCUAAAGAAAUUAAUAAUUCACGUCGAGUGCAAGAGCGUCUUACAUUAUUGCCCGAUGGCACUCCUCUGCAUGUUCUUAUAGGAACUCAUGAGAAUAUUGUUCUGCGAGCUCCCCAAAAUAAUGAUGUCCCUCGCCCUCGAGACCGCAUCGUACUAAUGCCCGAUGGCACUCCUCUGCAUGUUCCUAUAAGAUCUCAUGGGAAUACUGCUCUUCGAGUUCCCAAAAAUUAUGCUGUCCCUCACCCACAAGAACAUAGCAUAGUAUUGCCUGAUACCACUUACUUGCAUGUACAUCAAGCAUCUCAAGAUAAUGCUGCUCAUCGAUCACUCAAAAAUAAUGAUAACCUACAUCGAGAGAAGAAUCCCGGUAGUACCAUAAGUAAACAUCCACGUAUUAAGGAAGAUUCCCAAGAUAUUCCAGGAUGGUUCCUGCAAGUAGGUACACAUUCGCAUAUCAAGAAAGAUUCUGAGAAUGUUCGUAAAAAAAUAUUCCAGGAUUAUUCCUGGAUGUAG